AUGCUUGGAAAAAGUCACUGUCGUUUCGAUAUUGCAGACCCAACGUCUGAAUUCGCAGACUUUUACGAUUUCUCAGAUGUCGACACUGACAGUGGGGAGGAAUCUGAGGGAGAUACAUGUGGGAAGACCGCGAUCUCAGCACAUGAAACCUCGAUACGACUCGACGAAGAAUCAAUGCGCCUCCCUUCCGGGAAGGUGGUCUCGAAGAAUUCGCACAUGAAGCACCAGCAACGAUUGCACCGUCAUCAGCCUUCAACUCCAGAAGAAGACAACCAGCGGAGACUUCAUGUUGGCCAAGAAGGAUCAGACAAACUAGAUCAAGGAAACGAGACUGCAUCUGCAGUUCCUGUCAGAGGCCGGCAUGACCUCACAAAGGGCGAGAAGCGCGACAGUGCUUUCACAACUCAGCUGGCACAGUUGAGCGCCAACGAUAGGAGAAGCCUGAUGCACCUACCUUCAUCACAACAACGUUCCAUUCUGGCAACGCAGCAAAAGCAGCUUGAAAAGGCUAGGCGUGCAGAAAGGAGAUACCAGGGUCGUGUUGAGGGACUUGGAAAUAAGACCCUCAUGGCGCAUUUCAAGCCAGACACACCUGGACGGUCCAACGGCUAG